AUGCAAACCAUGCAAACGUUGAACACACAACGAGUUCUUUGUUGGCAUAUGUUUGUUGAAGACUUUGGCCCCGAUUUUGUCUAUUUGCCUGGAAAAGAUAACACGAUUGCCAACUGCUUCUCUUGGCUUCCGCGAAUGGAGAAGCCGUCUGAAGGGAAGAGUCCAAAUGAGGGUAAAUUGUUUGCGUUUGAUAAAUUACAGGUUUCUGUUGGUCCCGACGGCAAAAUCUACGCAUUUGAAGAUAAUGUUCUUGUAAAAGAAAAAGGUUUGAUUACGCCACCAGCAGAAGCCGAGUUCAACAGUACCCUUCGAUGUCAGUUCUCCUGUUGCCAAGAUGGAGAUACUCAUGAACACCUGACCAUUGACGACAUCAAAAUGGAAGAGUCCUUUUUGAAUCAUCCUCCUCUACAAGCAAUGCCGAACCCAAUCACAAUGCCAAAAAUUCAACAACAUCAAACUCAAGAUCAAUUGCUCAUGCAACGAGCUCAACGCGAUGCACAGCACUACCAGAUCACAACAAUUGACGAGCGACUCAUCAUCACCUAUCAAAUUGAUCCUGCAUGUCAAGACGAUUGGAGAAUUUAA